GAUGGCCGGUGGAACGUAGUUUCGACGGGCGACGAUGUUUUUGACACGAACGCCUGACUUUUUCCGAGUAUCGUGGAAUUUUAAUCGAUAGAAAUUACGAAAUAUACGUUCCGAUGAAACACGCAACCGUCUACUGUUCACUUGUGCGAUCUUCGAAUUGCGUCUGAAAACGGGUAUAUACAUAAAAGAGGCCUUAGGCUCUGCUGCAUUGCUUCGAGAACAAAGUUCCUCGGCAUUAACGUAAAGAGGAGCAACUCAAAAGCCGGUAGCACGACGACGUAUUUAUCCAGACAGCAGACAAACAUACUCACUUGAGUACCUGGCACCUGCUCACUUUCGUAUACUUCAAAAGGACUACAAGGGGUUCGUCACCGAAUGAAACUGCGUAUAAAGCCAGACGAACGUCAAGAAGUCGUCGCGGAAGGAGUCUGCAAAUGCGCCGUGUUUCCCACGCAAAUAUCGAAAUCAAUCAUCGAACGCUCUAUUCCAUGUAAUGUCACGUGCGAUGCUGAAGGGGAGGAGAAAUGUCAACAAUUGUGCGUCGCUUUGGCCGAAAGCGCGAGAGAGCAGGCGCCGCAAAUGAUCUGCGAGAAAUUGGGCACGCACGUGGAGAACCUCAAGGUGGCAGUGUACGCGAAAGUGUGCGACGCGAUCAUCUGGAAAUUCACCGGUUUGGAAGCUACGGACCCAAUUUGCUGCCACGAGGGGAAAAGUAUAGCUUGCGAACAGCCAGUCCCGAUGAUCGAAAACUAAAUAGACUCAUCUGUAAUUAUUCCGCGA